CCGGUCGGCCAGAAUCCAGUUCGUGCUUUACCAUCGGCACUUUCGUCACAACAGCGACUUUGGUAGCGACUCUGAAAUAUAGAAUAACAAUCGUAAUGAUCCAUAUCGCAUUUUCAAAUGAUUGAAUGGAAGUGGACAGGGAUAAAGGGGCACUUGGCCUAUGAGUUUUCUGUGGAACUUGAGGAAAGCGGAAAAGAUAGUGGCGAAUCUGCCGUGGCGUAUCUUCUGACUGUAUAAACAAAGCGGGAAGUCAGCUGACGGUGCCUAAGCGGCUCUCCUUUGACAGCUCCGAGUGUAAGACAGCUUCCUAAGAAAGCGAGAAAUCCUGAUGAAGAACAUGAAUAAGAGCCAAGAAAGAAUCUGCAGCAAAGAAAGAGAAUUUGUGUACAGAUUCCAAGCAGGAAGUGAGUGCUUUGAACUGAGAGUGCCCCUCGGCUUUCCUGUUCCCGAGAAUGCGAGUCAUUUGCACGGGCGCCUGAUGCUGCUGCACAGUCUGCCAUGCUUUAUCGAAAAUGACUUAAAAGAAGCUCUGAGCCAAUUCAUAGAAGAAGAGUCCCUCAGUGACCAGGACAGAGAGGCUGAAGCAUCCUUGGAUGCUGUAAAAUCAGGCGAAGUAGAUCUGCAUCAGCUGGCGAGUAUGUGGGCCAAAGCUUAUGCUGAGACCACAUUAGAGCACGCGAGACCUGAGGAGCCGAGCUGGGAUGAAGACUUCGCAGACGUGUACCAUGACCUCAUCCACUCCCCGGCCUCUGAGACGCUCUUGAAUCUGGAGCACAAUUACUUCGUCAGCAUCUCUGAACUAAUUGGUGAACGAGAUGUGGAACUGAAAAAGCUACGAGAGAGACAGGGAAUUGAAAUGGAAAAAGUGAUGCAGGAAUUGGGAAAAUCACUCACAGAUCAGGAUGUAAAUUCACUGGCUGCUCAGCAUUUUGAAUCCCAGCAAGACUUGGAGAAUAAAUGGUCAAAUGAAUUGAAACAGUCAACAGCCAUCCAAAAACAGGAGUAUCAGGAAUGGGUGAUAAAACUUCAUCAAGACCUGAAAAACCCCAACAAUAGCUCCCUCAGUGAAGAAAUUAAAGUUAAACCAAGUCAGUUCAGAGAAUCUGUGGAUGCCAUUGGAAGGAUUUAUGAGGAACAGAGAAAGUUAGAAGAAAGUUUCACCAUCCACUUAGGCGCCCAGCUCAAGACCAUGCAUAAUUUGAGACUGCUGCGAGCAGACAUGCUGGACUUCUGUAAGCAUAAGAGAAAUCACCGGAGUGGCGUGAAGCUCCAUCGGCUCCAGACGGCAUUGUCACUUUACUCCACGUCGCUCUGUGGCCUGGUUUUACUUGUAGAUAAUCGGAUUAAUUCAUACAGUGGUAUUAAAAGAGAUUUUGCCACAGUUUGCCAAGAGUGUACGGAUUUCCACUUCCCAAGAAUUGAAGAGCAGUUGGAAGUUGUCCAGCAGGUGGCGCUGUACGCGAGAACCCAGCGCAGGAGCAAGUUGAAGGAAGCACAAGAUUCUGGAAACCAAAAUGGUGGAAGUGACGAUAAGUCUAAGAAUACGGAGAGAAACUACUUAAACAUUUUGCCUGGAGAAUUUUACAUUACACGGCAUUCUAAUCUCUCCGAAAUCCACGUGGCUUUCCAUCUUUGUGUGGAUGACAACGUCAAAUCAGGGAACAUCACUGCUCGCGAUCCAGCCAUUAUGGGACUCCGAAAUAUACUUAAGGUUUGCUGUACCCACGACAUCACAACCAUAAGCAUUCCUCUCCUGCUAGUGCAUGAUAUGUCGGAGGAAAUGACUAUACCCUGGUGUUUAAGGAGAGCAGAACUGGUGUUCAAGUGUGUCAAAGGUUUCAUGAUGGAAAUGGCUUCAUGGGAUGGAGGAAUUUCUAGGACAGUGCAAUUUCUGGUACCACAGAGUAUUUCUGAAGAAAUGUUUUAUCAACUGAGCAACAUGCUCCCCCAGAUCUUCCGAGUCUCCUCAACGCUCACUCUGACAUCCAAGCACUAAACCCUUAUAGCCUGUCACAUGGGCAGAAGAGGAUUGCUAAACUCUCCAGGAACUUGAGCUAUGCUGGAAUCCUGUCAAGCAGAAGAUGCCCAGCAAAACCUGCAACCUAAGCCACUCAUCAGCUCAUGAUGUACGUUUGUUAAACAGUUCAAAAACGUAUGUACCCCACAGUGGUCAGGCCCUAAUGGAAACAUUUAUUCAGAAAGUCCCUUCGUAAAAUAGUGCCUCUUUUUCCACUUUUAUGUCCUGUUGGUGAAUAUUAAUAAGCUAAAAUUUACUGUUUACUAAACAUAGACACUUACCAGAGGCUAUUCAUUACAUUUCAUGGGAACCUUUGACUUUUCCAGAAGAUAGGGACCAUAUAUGUGGUACAAGUGUAGGCAUACAAAUAAAAUCUUCCUUUUACUUUAUUUGCCAAAUCAAAAUGUAAAUACACAUUGCAAGUAUAAGUUUCUUGUGAAAAUGUUUUUGUAGCAGUAUAAAUACAUGAGACAAGUGUGAUUGUUA